GGAUAGAGGGCAACGGUGGCGGUGCGGCGGCAAACGGCGGAGAGGCAUCGCCCUAGAUAACGGUAGAAUCGCGCAGUGCUGUCGCGUUGUCUUCUCGCGUGAGUGUGAAAAUCUAGGAGGCGGGGAGGCGUACAGGAAGGGCAGGCGGCGGCAGGAGAGAAAGAGAGAAAAAGAGAGAGAGAGAGGCGCGUCCGUCCGCGGUCCGCGUAAUCAGCGUCGUUGUCGCCUUCUUCAAGGCUCCCGUUGCCCUCGUGAAUCGCGGAACGAGUCGUGUGUGCCUCUGCGGAUCGAUCGGUACGCACAGUGCCGAUAUAUCAGGCGUGCCGUGUGUGCGAGAAUCUUUCGAGACUCUCGAGACGCAGUCAAGAGAACCGAAGAGAACCCGGUACAUAAGCCGCAUUCGUCAUAACGUGCGACGCGAAUUCCGACCUUUCGUCAGCCAAUGCGGAAUCAGUCAGUCUAGCUGGUUGGCUAGCGGCAGGAACCGUUCAACAGUGAGAACAGAUAACGCACAGCAGUUUCGUCAUCGUUAACCCCCUCGGACUCUCCCCAAUGGACUCGUGACAGUGUGUGGAGACGGAGAAGUCGAGUAGAAAAAAAAAAGAAAGAACUCGCGGGUGGGCCAGGCAAGCUGUAAUAAUCGCCGAGGUCUCGUCAGUCGUGGCGACGAGGAAGAGACAGACGAGUGGCGCGCGUGAGACAGGGAACAACGAGGGACGCGAGAGGAGGAAAGCGAGAAUAUACAGGCUUGCCUCUGCGUUGCGUGUGUACGUGUAUGCGCGCUUGAGAGCCGCCGAGCCGACUUGCGCGUGCGACAGAGACGGACAGAGCGGGAACGAGAGAACGGCGGAGAGAAUUAUCGAGUGAAUCCCGGGAGAUACUUGUGUUCUGCGAGGAGCGAAGAGCGUGGGGCAUUCAGGAGGCACGAGAGAGGUCCGUCUCACUGAGAGCAAAUCAAGGCAAAACGUGGCGGAUUCGGUGACCCCUCGACUGUGAUCAGGCCCAUAGGCAGUAGGUAGGGCAAGGAGAUGCGCGAAUAUAAAAUAGUGGUGCUGGGCAGUGGAGGUGUAGGCAAGUCCGCCCUCACUGUCCAGUUUGUCCAGGAAAUCUUCGUAGAGAAGUAUGAUCCGACGAUCGAGGACAGUUACCGCAAGCAAGUCGAGGUCGACGGUCAACAAUGUAUGUUAGAAAUUCUAGACACAGCUGGCACGGAACAAUUCACAGCCAUGAGGGACCUUUAUAUGAAAAACGGGCAGGGCUUCGUGUUAGUAUAUUCGAUAACAGCACAAUCAACCUUCAACGACCUGCAAGAUCUCAGAGAACAGAUCUUGCGAGUAAAGGACACAGAUGAUGUGCCGAUGGUGCUAGUAGGUAACAAGUGCGACCUGGAAGAUGAGAGGGUAGUAGGAAAGGAUCAGGGUGUCAACCUUGCCCGGCAAUUCAAUUGCGUGUUUAUGGAGACCUCUGCCAAAGCUAAAAUUAAUGUUCGCGAUAUUUUCUACGACUUGGUGCGACAAAUAAACAAGAAAUCGCCAGAGAAGAAGAUGAAGCAGAAGAAGAAAUCGCUGUGCCUACUUCUGUAAGGUAUAUGUGGCGGAGCCCAUAUUCUCCUACAUGAAAAUCCGAGGAUACCAGUGGAUUAAAAAAAAGGACCGGAGCGGUUAUAAAACAAGGAAGAUACUAAUGACAAAAGAGGAGGAGGGGGCUGACGGAAUAUUAGGCGACAGUAAAACGGGAGUCUACGGUACUGAAAUCCGAAUGGUUGUAAGACGAUGGUAGAGAGACGGGAGAAUAAGGGGAUAUAAGGGCACAAGGUAACGCAGCGGAGCGAAGAACGAAGAGAUACGUGCAAAGGAACGCAGCGAUAAGCGGAAGGAAAUAUUGUAUAUAACAUUGGUUCCGGGAUGGCUCGUGUGCACGCGCAAGCAACGGCGCACAAAGUAGGAUACGAGACCCCGCAAGCAUCGGUUAUCACUGUAGGAAUUUUGCAUGAAUAAAUGAAGGGG